AGUAUUAUGGUUUUUAAUUUUAAAAUUUUCGCAUAAACAAGGAGAGUGACAACCUGCAGUUGUUUCUUGACCAUCCCGAUCUUCUCUCUCUAAAGAUUUGAAUCACUCGAUGUCUAUGUUCUUGCUGUAUUGUCGUCCCUUUUGUUCGAUUAUAACGAUUCAUCGAUUUCUCUCUACUUUCCUCGUCAACUCAUGAAGCUGAAGAUUUAGAGAGAGAGAGAGGAGACGGGAGGUGUCUUUUAAUGUCUCUGUAAGUAAUUGCUGUUUUUGGAUCCAGAAACGUGGGAAAAAGUAGUUGAAUGGUCGUCGUUCUUGUCUCCAGAGAUAGAAAGGAGGGGUUUUUCGUACUGGGUAUUGGUUGAAUCCUGAGAAAUUCGUUUAAUUCCCAGAGAUUUCGGAGAAAUUCUGCGUAAUUCUUUAGGUGUUCGACGAUGUGUAAAGAGGGUUGGUGAAGGAAGAUGGAUCGAGUUAGAUACACAAUGGUGAAUUUAAGAACCGUAUUGGAUUUCAAGUUGUCGUCGUUGUUGUGUUUGGUACUGUUGGAGUGUGUGGUUGCGCAAACUCAGACCGAGUCGCCGACCAAAUUCAGCGACCGAGUUGCCCUACUUAGUCUCAGGUCUUCUCUAGGGUUAAGGAGCAAGGAUUGGCCCAUCAAGGGAGAUCCUUGUACAGUGUGGAAAGGGAUACGCUGUAAUAAUAACGGAAGUGUUGUCGGGAUCAACGUUUCUGGAUUCAAGAGGACAAGAACUGGGAAGCAAAACCCGAAAUUCGCCGUCGAUCCUCUCCUUAAUCUGACCCAGUUGGUCUCUUUCAACGCAUCGAGGGUUUCCCUUCUAGGGCCAAUCCCUGAUUGGUUUGGCAUUAGGCUUAGGACAUUGCAGGUGUUGGAUCUCAGUUCUUGUUCUGUAACAGGUCUUAUUCCAGCCAGUCUUGGUAAUCUGACAAGGUUGAUGGCUUUGAAUCUGUCUGGUAAUAGGCUCACUGGUUCAGUUCCCAUCAGUUUGGGGCAGUUGACGGAUCUUUCAGAGCUUGAUCUUUCUAGGAAUUCACUUACUGGCCUUCUUCCUCUAUUGUUCGGUUCUCUGCAGAAUCUAUCACAUCUCGACGUUUCUUCGAAUUAUCUUACGGGGUCGAUCCCCCCAGAAGUAGGGAUGCUUUCGAAGCUCGUCUAUUUGAACUUCUCCAACAAUAGUUUCUCGAAUUCGAUCCCUCCACAGCUCGGCAACCUUACCAAUCUAGUGGAGCUUGAUCUCAGUUUCAAUGCAUUGUCUGGAUCAAUGCCUGAGGAUCUGAGAAGAAUGAGGAAUCUGCAGAAAAUGGUGUUUAGUGGUAACCUUCUGAGUGGGAAUUUACCAGCCAAUCUGUUCGAUGCCGAUAGCCGGUUGCACAUUUUAGCUUUGAGGAUCAACGCUUUCACCGGUCAUAUACCCGAAACGUAUUGGUCGUUGCCCGAGUUACGGGUUCUUGACCUUUCUAGGAACAAUUUCACAGGUAUGCUACCAAAUUCGAGCUUAGAUCCAAAUCUUGCAGCAGAUACCGAGCUCGACAUAUCUCAAAACGCGUUUUACGGAGGUCUCACACCUGUACUUCGACGGUUCAAAACCAUGGACCUCUCCCAGAACUAUUUCGAAGGUAGGGUUCCAGACUAUGUGCUUAACACAAACGCAUCUCUUAGCGGCAACUGCCUCCGAGUCGAGAAAGCGCAAAAGAUGUUAUCGGAAUGUGCGUCGUUCUAUACCGCUCGGGGGUUAGUCUUUGAUGAUUUCGGAAGCCCUAAUUCCACAGAAUCUCCGGCCGAGAAAUCUUCGUCGGGGUUAAGCCGCAGAACUGUAGUUAUACUGUGUGCGGUGGCAGGAGGAGUCGGUCUUAUUCUGAUCUUCUUGGUCUUGCCAAUUCUUGUAGCUAUAUGCAUACGUAAAAGAGGCGGACCGACCCAAAGAGGAAACGGUGUCGGGCCUAGUCCUGCGGCCGAGGACGCUCCACAACCUCGUGCAGGAGGAGGGAGGGCACUCGAUCUUUCGUCCCUCGGAAAUGCGUAUACAUAUGAUCAGCUUGUUCAGGCUACAGAGGAUUUCAAAGAAGCAAAUCUGAUCAAACGUGGCCACUCGGGCGAUUUUUUCCAUGGAUUCUUGGAAAAUAGAAUACCCAUCGUGGUAAAAAGGAUCGAUCUGCGGGAAAGUAAACACGAAGGAUACAUAUCGGAACUGGAGUUCUUCAGUAAAACGGCCGGGUGGCAUCAGAGGCUGGUUCCGCUUUUGGGCUACUGCUUAGAGAAUGAAAGCCAAAAGUUCUUGGUUUACAAGCAUAUGAGGAACCGGGAUUUGACGAGUUCCUUGUACCGAAAAUCCGACGACCACGAUGAUGGGUUGCAGUCUUUGGACUGGAUAACGAGGUUGAAAAUCGCUCUUGGCACGGCCGAGGGGCUUUCGUAUUUGCAUCAUGAAUGCUCACCCCCUCUAGUUCAUAGGGAUGUACAAGCAAGCAGCAUACUUCUCGACGAUAAAUUCGAGGUGAGGCUCGGAAGCCUGAGCGAGGCCUGCGCUCAAGGCGAUGCCCAGCCGAGCGGGAUUUCUCGUUUUCUCCGGUUACCGCAAUCUUCUGAUCCCGGGUCUUCAGGUACAGGUUCUGGUUCAGUUGCGGCCACUGCGACAUGCUCUAACGACGUAUACUGCUUCGGGAAGGUGUUAAUGGAGUUAGUCACCGGAAAGCUCGGCAUAAGCUCGCCGGAAAACGACGCCCACACGAGGGAAUUCUUGGAGGAGACGUUACCUUACAUCAGCAUGAACGAGAAAGAGCUCGUGAACAAGAUCCUGGACCCGUCUCUGAUGGUGGACGACGACUUGCUCGAAGAGGUAUGGGCAAUGGCGAUCAUAGCGAAAUCGUGCCUAAACCCUAAACCCUCGAGGCGGCCAUUGAUGAGACACAUCCAGAAAGCUCUCGAGAACCCGUUGCGGGUCGUGAGGGAAGAUCACUCGGGCUCUUCACGGUUGCGAGCGAACUCGUCGAGAGGGUCGUGGACCCCCGCCAUAUUCGGGAGCUGGAGGCAGAGCUCGUCGGAUGCAACAACGGCGGUUCAGAGCAGUAGAGGGGAAGGAGGGACGACGAGCUUCGGAGGAGGAUUGAAGAAAUCGGGAUCACAGGGGAGUGGACCGAACGAUAAUUCGUCGUCGAGGAGAAGACAUUCGAAUGAGAUUUUUCCGGAACCUUCUUACAUUGAAGAUGUAUAGAACAUUGAGACACAAGUUUUUUUUUUUUUUUUUUUUUUUUUUUUUUGAGUUCAUCGAUUCUUUUUGUGUUGAUAAUAACAACAGGAGGAGGUCCCUUUGCUUUUUGGUUUUUAUUGUUUGUUGUAAUAAAAAAAACUUUUUAUUAAAUAUUUCGAACACCAUCUGCAUAUCCUAUUUAGACCAA